AUGUCGUUAAAUUCCAUUUUCGCUGGUCUCAAACAAAUACUUCCUACCAUAAUACCACCCGGUUAUGAAGAACUAAUUACUGGACAAGAUUUGGUCAUUCGAUUUCUUUCUGCUAAUGAUUUACCUAAAAUGGAUCUAAUUGGUAUUUGUGAUCCAUAUUUUAUUGCAAAACUUGACGAUGAAAUUUCAUAUACGUCAAUGGUUAUAAGUAACACAUUAUCACCUCAAUGGACAGAUGAAGAAUGGAUUGUUCGUAAUGUUCCACUACAUGCUAAACUUACUAUAAAUGUUUAUGAUAAAGAUGAUGAUUCACUUAGUGAUGAUUUUAUUGGUCAAUUUGAAAUUAAUGAUUUGUCUAAUUAUGAAGCUCCGCCAAAAGGCCAUUGUAUUCUAAGUUCAUUGGGUAGACAGAAGGGUCGUUUUCAUUUAACUAUUCAAUCAACAGAAUCACCGGAAUCAAGUAAAAAGCUUCCUCGUUAUACAUUCGAUGGUCCUUGUCGUUAUAGUCGACAUAAUUCUUCAGUUGCUGGUUAUUUAACUAUGCUUAAUCAGGAGUGUAUUUAUUCAACAUGGAAAAUUAAUUUAAGACGAAUAUCUGUAUUUUUUCAUUCAUAUGAUCGUCAACAAUGGAAUCGACAAUAUCGAAUUGCUCAAACAAUUUUUAGUGGUACACCACGUGCAAUAGCUAAACAAAAUGCAUUUAAAUUAGCACAUAAAAUGCUUUAUGGACGAACAAUAAAAAAUAAUGAAAGUGGACGAUUAACAAAUGCUGAUGAUUUAUGGAAUAAAAUUUUUUUCGAUGAUAAAACACAAAAAAUAAGAACAUGUAUUUAUACUUAUAUUAUUGAUGAUAGUACAUGGAGAUUUAGUGAAACAGGUAUUGGAUAUUUUACUGAUUUUGCAAGUAAACAUGCUUUACAUGCCAAUUGUGCAGAAUCUGUUCGUUAUGCUGGUCAAUUUCAUGCACGUCCUAAAUAUGGAUGGGAUCGAUGUGAUGAUGAAUGGGAAUUAGUAUUCGAUAAUUGGUCAGGAACAUAUGCUCCUCAUGCAAAUUUAUUGAAUAAUUUAAAAGAAUUAUUAGAAUUCAAUUUUCCUGGAUUGAAUGUAGUUGUGUAUGAUUUUAAAAAUCCUUCGGUACAAGAAAGUAUGGAUGAUUUAAAAUUAUUCGAAAAAAAAACUAAAAGAAAUUCUAUAUGUUUCGGUAAUAUGCUAUUUAGACCAAGUUUGACUGAAGCACAAUAA